AUGUCUGUGGAUGCUGGUUUGAAAAGUGCGGCCUUGUCGCAUGACGAGAGAGAUGGUGCUGCAUCCAGCGACUCGAGCAUCGAUGUCAAGAAUGAGGUCUUCGAUACCAGUCAAAUCGACCCGGUGUUGGCGAGAAAGAUGGCCCUCAUCAACGAGGCCAUCGAGGAGAUCGGAAUGACGCCGUUUCAGUGGAAGCUCUUCUUCCUCAAUGGGUUUGGAUAUAUGGUGGAUUCUCUUCUCAUCAUCUGUCACUCGAUAGCCCAGCCGGCAGUGGCGCAAGAGUACGGAAGUCCAACCAAGAAAAUCGCUGGGAUUGCACUUGCUUCUCAGGUGGGUCUGCUCAUCGGCGCUGCUCUUUGGGGCUUCUCUGCAGAUAUCAUCGGAAGGAGGCUCGCGUUCAACACCAGUCUUUUCAUCUGCGCGAUAUUCGUACUAAUUGCAGCGGGCAUGCCGAACUACAUCUCGUUCGCAACGAUGGUCACCAUCUACUCAGCAGCAGCGGGUGGAAACUACAUUCUCGAUGCCACCAACCUGAUCGAGUUUCUUCCUGCCGCUUGGUCUUGGCUCGUCACGUUCAUGGCUGUGUGGUGGGCCGUCGGAUACACGAUCACCGGGCUUUUGGCCUGGGCAUUCAUGAGCAAUUAUUCAUGCGCGCCAGAUGCUACGGUUGCACAGUGCACUCGCCAAAACAACUUGGGUUGGCGUUAUCUUCAUGUCACCUGCGGCUUACUCGUUCUCGCGCUCGCUCUUCUGCGAUUACUAGUCAUCAAGAUGGUGCAAACACCGAGGUGGCUAGUCAGUCAGAACCGUGAUGAAGAAGUACUGAGCAAUCUCUAUGAAGUGGCGUCGAAAUACAACCGCUCUUUCUCACUCACAUUAGAACACCUGCAGUCGCAAGGCCGCAUCUCCAACACGGAGAAAUCAGUCUGGUCUGGACUUCGACUUCGUAAACAUUUCUCGGGUCUUUUUGUCACGAGGAAGCUGGCGUGGUCGACAACCGUGAUUAUUGCAAACUGGUUCGUGAUCGGCAUGGUCACACCUUUGUACUCGGUCUUUUUACCAUACUACCUGAAGUCGCGAGGAGCCGACGUUGGCGACGAUAGCAAUUAUACGGUCUGGCGGAAUUAUGCGAUUAACCAGGUAUCUGGUUUACUCGGACCUAUCAUAGCAGCAGUUCUUGUUGAGACGAGGUUUGUUGGCAGAAGAGGCGCACUUGCGAUAGGUGCGGCGAUCACAAUGGCCUUGCAAUUCGGAUACACGCAGGUUAAGACGCCUGCUGAGAAUGUUGGCGUCUCUGCUGCCAUUACUGCUGCAUCAAAUAUCUACUACGGUACCAUAUAUGCGUACACGCCCGAAAUUCUUCCGUCGGCUCAUCGAGCCACUGGGUACGCCAUUUGCGUUGUUUUGAAUCGGGUGGGUGGUAUCUCAGGUGUCUUGGUUGGCAGCUACGCCAAUGUUGAGACGACGGCGCCGCUUUUCAUUUGUGCUGGAUUAUUUGGCCUGCUCAUCAUUCUCAGUCUGCUCUUGCCGUUUGAGUCGAGGCAGAAGAGGGCUCAGUAG